UUCGUUGCAAAAGGACUCGUAUUUGAAAUACUUGGAAGAGACGUCCAUUGAAUUUAAUUGCAAAAUAAUUUAUUAACGCAUUCUAAAGGCUUCCUUUUCCCUUUUACGUAAGCUCACACUAUAUAUGUAAGUGACCAUUUGUCCAAGUAUUACGGUAACGUGUGGUAGGCGUGCUUUGCGUCGGAAUGUACCAUUUUGCAAUCACACCGGGAAGAAGGAUUGUGUUGUGACAGCGAACUAAGAACCCGGCGGGGGGAGACGUCAUAACCUAGGUUUUUUCAUCUUCGAUCAACAAUGGCAUUCAGUAAGGGAUAUCGCAUCUACCAUAAGCUGGACCCACCCCCCUACAGUGUCAUAGUGGAAACUAGGACCAGGGAAGAAUGCCUCAUGUUUGAGUCGGGUGCUGUUGCUGUUCUGUCUGCAGCCGAGAAGGAGGCCAUUAAAAACACAUACACCAAGAUUGUUGAUGCCUAUGGAAUCCUGGGGGUGCUUCGCCUAAACCUGGGUGACUCCAUGCUUCACAGUUUGGUGGUUGUAACAGGAUGCAGCUCUGUAGGGAAAGUACAGGAUUCUGAGGUGUUCAGGGUCACACAGACAGAUUUUAUAUCCCUGAAGAAUGAUCCAGGAGAUGAAGAACGAAUUGCUGAGGUGCGAAAGGUCCUUAACUCAGGACACUUCUACUUUGCCUGGUCUUCCACGGGAAUUAGCAUGGACCUGAGUCUCAAUGCACAUCGCAGAAUCCUAGAAGACACUACAGAUAACCGAUUCUUUUGGAACCAAUCUCUGCACCUGCACCUGAAACACUACGGAGUAAACUGUGAUGACUGGCUAUUGAGACUGAUGUGUGGUGGUGUGGAGAUCAGGACCAUCUAUGCAGGACACAAACAGGCCAAGGCCUGCAUCUUCUCCCGCCUGAGCUCAGAGCGAGCCGGCACGCGAUUUAACGUCCGAGGAACAAAUGACGACGGACAGGUGGCCAACUUUGUAGAGACUGAACAGGCCAUUUUCCUGGAUGACAAAGUCUCGUCCUUCAUUCAGAUCCGUGGGUCCAUUCCUCUUUUCUGGGAACAGCCAGGAAUCCAGGUUGGCUCUCAUCGUGUCAAGCUCUCAAGGGGUUUUGAGGCAAAUGCACCAGCAUUUGAAAGACACUUCACUGCACUGCGGAGGUUGUAUGGUAAACAGGUGAUUAUCAACCUCCUUGGGAGUAAGGAAGGAGAACACAUGCUCAGCAAAGCAUUUCAGAGUCACCUGAAGGCAUCAGAGCAUGCAGCAGCCGUGAAAAUGGUGAACUUUGACUACCAUCAAAAUGUGAAGGGAGGCAAGACAGACAAACUCCACAGUGUCCUCAAGCCCUACCUCAGCAAGUUCAUAGAGGAGUGUGGGUUCUUCUACUAUUCUGGAGAGGGGGGCAUCGCAAGGACUCAGGGUGGGACCAUUAGGACCAACUGCCUGGACUGUCUGGAUAGAACCAACAGUGUUCAGGCCUUUUUUGCCCUUGAGAUGCUGCCAAAGCAACUGGAGGAGAUGGGUCUAACAGAGAAACCCCAGCUGGUAGCCAGGUUCCAGGAGGUUUUUAGGACCAUGUGGUCUGCCAACGGAGACUCCGUCAGUAAGAUCUACGCAGGCACCGGUGCCCUGGAUGGCAAGGCCAAGCUAAAAGAUGGAGCUCGUUCUGUGACAAGAACCAUUCAGAACAACUUCUUUGACAGUUCCAAGCAGGAGGCUAUAGACAUCCUGAGGCUGGGCUCCACACUCAACAGUGAUUUGGCUGACAAAGCUCGGGCCUUGCUCACAACUUCCAGUCUUUACGUCACUGAGCCGGUCUUACAAUCAGCCUCCCCACGAGUAUUGCUAGGAAUGUGUCAGAACUACCAUAAAUACACAAGGCCCAAGCAGAUCCGAGUGUGUGUCGGCACCUGGAAUGUCAACGGGGGUAAACAGUUUCGCAGCAUCGCUUUCCGCAACCAGACACUUAACGACUGGCUGUUGGAUGCUCCAAAGAAAGCAGGGCAUCCUGAAUUCCAAGACAGCAAAGCCAACCCCAUAGAUAUCUUUGCCAUUGGUUUUGAGGAAAUGGUUGAACUGAAUGCUGGCAACAUUGUCAGUGCCAGCACUACUAACCAGAAACUGUGGGCAGCUGAGCUACAAAAAAACAUAUCGCGGGACCACAAGUAUGUGCUGCUAGCUUCAGAGCAGCUGGUGGGAGUUUGUCUGUUUGUUUUCAUUCGCCCACAACACGCACCCUUCAUCAGAGAUGUGGCUGUCGAUACUGUGAAAACUGGAAUGGGCGGGGCUACAGGCAAUAAAGGAGGUGUUGCCAUCCGCCUACUCUUCCACACUACCAGCAUCUGCUUCGUCUGCUCCCACUUUGCUGCUGGCCAAUCACAGGUCAAAGAGAGGAACGACGACUACAACGAGAUCACACGCAAACUUAGCUUUCCCAUGGGUCGUCUGCUGUACUCACAUGACUAUGUCUUCUGGUGUGGAGACUUUAACUAUCGCAUUAGCCUGCCCAAUGAGGAAGUAAAAGAUCUAAUCAAACAGCAGAACUGGGAUGCUUUGACAGCUGGGGACCAGUUGCUGGAUCAAAAGAAUGCUGGUUUGGUUUUCCGAGGGUUCAUCGAGGGGAAGUUAGAUUUUGCCCCCACCUAUAAGUAUGACCUCUUCUCGGAGGAUUAUGACACUAGUGAGAAGUGCCGCACACCCGCCUGGACUGACCGCAUACUCUGGAAGAGGAGGAAGUGGAACUUUGACAAAACGGCUGAGGAGAUGAAUGUAGUAGGUGCAGCUUCUACAUCUGGGGAGAGUGAAGACAAUCUGGAUCACCCCUGGAGUCCUGGGACUCUGCAAUACUAUGGCAGGGCUGAGCUUAAGACCUCUGACCACAGGCCUGUGGUGGCGAUAAUGGAUGUGGACAUCCUGGAGGUCGACCCUGAGGCUCGGCACCAGGUCUACAAAGAUGUCAUUGCUUUGCAGGGACCUCCAGACGGCACCAUUCUAGUGUCGCUUUGUUCCUCCGGCCCUGAAGACUACUUUGACGAUCCGCUCAUAGAUGAGUUGCUGGACAAGUUUGCUCAGUUUGGAGAGGUCAUCCUCAUCAGGUUUGUUGAAGAGAAGAUGUGGGUGACCUUCCUGGAAGGGUACUCUGCUCUUGCUGCUCUGUCUCUCAGUGCUUCCACUGUACUUGGCAAGGUGAUUGAUAUCCGUCUGAAGAGUCCAGGCUGGAUCAAAAGCCUGGAGGAGGAGAUGAGUGUGGAGAGGAUCUGUGGUAGCAUCCCCACCUCGGCCAGCUCCACCCUGCUCGCUGAGGACACGGACAUGGGCGACGAUGAUUAUGAUAUGGAAGGUGAUGUGGAUGAAGAGGUGGAGGAGAUACUUCCCCAGCACCUGCAGCCUGGGGCGGGAUCUGGCCCCGGAUCCUCCCCUCUCCCUUCCCCUCGUAGUAGUCCCUGUCCUUCCCCCACCCAUGGAGAACCGUCGGUCCCCAGCAGGCCUAGCCGUGGACAACCUUCCCGACCUUCCCAAGAUUUAAGCCCAUCACCAGGGAGGAGAGAAAUUCCAGGACCUCCUGUUGACUUCCAGCCUGGCGCCCCCACAUCUCAAGGCGUGGAACCCAAACGUCCACCUCCCCCUCGUCCUCAGGCCCCCCCAGCCAGACCAGCACCACCUCAACGCCCACCGCCACCUUCAGGACAAAAAAGCCCUGCUCUUCCUCGGCCAGAUGCUGCUGCAGGUCGAGGCCAGGCCGCAGUGGGAGCUCCUGGACCUGGAGGUGCUCAGAGACCGAAUAUUCCUCCUCGAGUUGGAGUAAUUAGCAUGCCUCCACAAUCUCGUCCACCACCUCCUGCUCACCCUGGAGCACCCAGACCCAUCCCAGAGGUGCAUCCCGGGGCCCCUCGGCCCAUCCCUGACACCCACCCUGGAGCCCCAAGACCUGUGCCCAGUGCACAGGCCAAACCGACUGACCUGCCUCAGGGUCUUCCUCUGUCAGGACAGCCUCCUACAGAGCCCACUGCAGUGAGACCCCAGGUUCCAUCACCCAUGCAGCCACCCAUGCAGCCCCAACCAGCUGUCCCUUCAGUUCAGUCCCAACUCCCACCACCAAUGCAGCCCACACUUCCAGCUCCACUUCAGCCACAACAAGCUGCGGCUCCUCCUGCUGCCGCCGCCGCCCCUGCUGUACCUCCACAGGGUCUGGCUUCUCCUAAACCUCCACCCCGUUCCCGCUCCCAUCAUGCUCUGCCACCUGAUGCUGCCAAGUCAGAUACGACCCCAGCUGCACAGACCAAUGGACUGAAUGGAAUCCAAAGAGAAGCACAAUGGAAGCCUGACCCCUUUGACACACUUGCAUCUGAUUUCCUCUCCUCUUCCUCAUCCUCCUGGCGUAACACCCAGUCGUUGACCAGAGGCUCCUCUUUGCGUUCUCCCCCUGCCGUUCCUGUGUCUAGGUUGUCCUCCAACACUCUCCCUUCAUCCUUCUCCCUCCAGUCCUCUGCUCUCUCGGAUCUCCAGGCACUUGAUUCGUCCUCGUCUUCCUCACUCUCCACCCCAUCACCAUUUGCCUCCUCCCUCCUCCCUCCACCUCCAUUCCCAUCUCGUAGUCGCUCGCAGGAGGCACUGCGCGCCUCCCCCGGGCCCUUCCCAACUGACCCGCUUCCUGCCCGACCCAGCAGCACCAAUCCCUUCACAGGCCCUCUGGCACAGCAGCACCGCUCGCUCACCCCGGACUUCACCGUCCAGAAUCCGUCCACCACGCCAAACCUUCAGAGGACCAUGUCUGCUUUUUCACAGCCGCUCAUCCCCACCUCUGCUGCAGCACCCACCUCCCAGCUCCAAAGGACCAUGUCCCUGUUUGGGCCAGCAUCCACUCUCAAUCCUACACCUGUCCCUUUGCUCCCCCUUGCCCCUGACCCAUCUCCUGCCCCCGUCUUGCCUCUGGCACCACCCUCCUCCAUUCCGCCUGCUCUUGUGCCUCGUCGCCAGCCGCCUCCCCCGGGAGGGAAACCAACACAGCAGUGGGUCACUUUUGAUGACGAUUUUCCAACUUCAACCAAAACACCACAGCCCCCCAUAUUCCCCUCCAGUUCCGUUGUUGACACUCUGCCUUCCCGCUCUGUGUUUGACUCAGAGCCCGACUGGUUGUCCUCCACCCCGUCAGUAUUCCCAGCCCUCCCUCCUCCCAUCCCGACAAGAACGGGAACCAGUAACCCCAAGUUCCCAGAAGGACCCAGUGACGACUGCUUCUUCCCCAGGCAGUCGACAGAAAGAUAGGAUCACUCUUAAUAUGUAAAGGGCAUAUCCAUAUAUGUAUAGAUCUAUGAUAAAUGUGUAUAUGUGUGUGUGUAUUGUACAAAAGAGACAGUAUUUAAGAAGUAUAGACCGAUCUCCUUCUGAAUCACAGGAAAAGGGUUCAUACAUCGAGCAGAAACACGAGAAGCGUACGAGCCGAAAGAUGUGUUUCAAACACGCAGCGAUGUUUGCUUGUUCCCUGAUAUCAACAUUUAUUUUAAUAUGAAUCGUUCUGACGUUUAUUUUUGUUUAUGGCAGCAAACGUGUGCCUGUGUCUACAGUAAAUAGUCAUAUAACCUACAUCUUUACACACAAAAGAGUGUGUGUAACCACCUGUGCAAUAUCAAGACACGUCUGUGUGGCCGCACAGCGCUCUGCAUUCGCCUGCAAGCUUUCACCGGAAUCAGUGUUAAGUUUUGCAUCCGCUAAGCUCAUACUCAUCAUUUUUACUGAUAUGUACAUUAGAAGGGGAUUCUCCGAGUGUUGGGUAAUCUUCUACUUUCCCAGUUUCAUCAGUUGGCAUGUAGUAGAAGGCUAUGCACUGCUGGAUUUACACUUGCCCUCAUAAUUGGGGCAGUCGUUGGUAGUCAGAGAUUUGCUUUGACUCAUUUUGGGGUUUUUUUUUCUCCUCUUCUUUUGUGUCUAAGCGGUGCAAAUUUAAAAAGUCAUACUGUGCACUUGCUUUUAUUAUGAAUGUACUUUAUUUUGCACUGGGUUUUGUCAUUGCCUCCCUCUUGAUGCCUCAGUGUGAACAUGAAUAAUACGAGUCAGUGUCACAGUCAAAACCGUUCACUGCCGCAGGACUGAUGCUCAUCAUCAUAAUUUUGUCGUCUCUCCACUCAUCAUUAAUCUUUGUCUAUGGGCUGGUACGCUUAGCUAAAUAUAUUUUGUAGUUCUAUAUCAGAACCUAUACAUAGUGAUUAUGUAUAAAUGUAUGUUUUCAGUAUGGAAACUACUCGCUAAAUGUGUGUUGGUGAUGACCGUACCAGUGGUUUGCACAAUGUAACUGAUAUGCACUGAAAUGCUGUGUGUGCUCUCUUUGUUGUAUUCUUGUUGAUGGCAGAGUGACAAAGAUGAGUCUACAGAGGGAACAGAUGAGAGGGCUUUUUGACCUUUCCAGUUUUUUUUAUCCUUCUUGAUUUUUAUCCAAAGCAUUUAACCAUGCUGUUUGAAAUUCAGAGAGUGUGACGUAUGUGUGUAGUGUAAGUACGAAGAUGAUGUGGACAUGGCGGCAGGGACAUGUCAUUCAUAGUAACAAGAGGACACUUUUUUUUUCCAACUUUUUGUUUAAUGCAAAAGUCAGGCUUUUCAUUUCUAAGAACAUUUACUCUAAAUAAUCUAUUGUUGAUCCUGUGGUGAGAAGUAAUGUGUUGUGUUUGAGGUGCCUAUCGUCUGUUGUGGUGUUUGUGUUUGGAUGUGAGUGUGUGUACAGAGUAAAGCCUGGAAAACCAGAGCUUUUUUUUCCUCCCCAGAGGAAGUCUUCGCACAGCACAUUUGCUUACAGGUCCUGAAGUCACACUGUAUUCACUCGCUCACUUGCUGUGGACUGGCAGCUUUGUGUGCGAAAAUGUUAGAAAUACAAGACAGAGGACUCUCUCCUCCUCUUUCUUUUGUUUCCACCAAGCACCCACCCACCUGAGGAAGAAUUCCCCAGUAGCAGCGCCUCUCGGACCAAAAUGCGUCACCAGAUUUGUGGUUGUUUGUUGUGUCCUUUCCAGGCACAGUGUGGCCCACAUUCCAGGCAGUUGUGCGAUUUGUCAGUUGGGUGUCAGACUCUCCUUAGCGUGUGCAGAUCCACCUGUGAUAUCUAACCCACAUCUGUUUCCUCUAGUUGAGCUGAUUUCAGUCAUGAGGUGUGUGUGUGUGUGUGUGUGUGUAUGGGUGGGGGGGGUGUUGUCAGAGGUGAUUUGUCAGUAUUUUUCCCUUCUCCUACCUGCUUCACUCUUUCACUUCUGUUGAGUUGUACAGGUCGGCAUAAAUGUUGACAGUAAUGACAAGCAAUAGUUUUGCUAAAGGAUCAGUGAGAGUACAGCCCUCCCUAACAGGACACAUGCCGACUGUGUCAGUCUAUCAGGUGUUGUUUUCCCCCCAGCUGUCAGAAAUUAUGUAACUGGCAGUAAUGUCUUUAAAGCAUUUUGAUGGUUCAUUGAGGAUAAAACAUCUGACCCAAGAAAGUACCAGCUAACUGACGCUUCUGCGCCUCGUUUAAUCACCAUGUAAAAUGCAGGAAAAAAAAUAAUCUUCAUCCACUGGACUGAAAGCUCUCUGUGUAAGCAAGCAUAUUGGGUUGCCUUUGCUUACAUGUUGUUGUCAUCUCUAAAAUGCAUUUAUUGUGUUAUCCAAAUGUGUGCAGUAGAUACAGUAUCUGCAUUAAAAGUAGGUGACUAGCCAGCGCUUUGUGUCAUGUCAUGUUCAAGAUGAGGUUUUAUAGGAAACAAAUUGCUCCUUUUGUGAGGUUGGUGUCUGUUUUUAUGGCUAUAAUCCAUAGUAAAUAAGAGUCUGUGUUGUUGAACAUAUUCUGUAUGUAUUAAAGAGAAAACAUGAAGCUGUGAUUCAUGUUAAUAUCCAAUGUUCCAUAUUUUAAGUGCAUAGCUGAUUGCACAUUUAUGUAUGAAGCAGUUUACGUUGUAUGUAUGCAAAAAUAAACGUAAAUUUACCUGA